UUCGUGUGGUGUCGCACAACGAAGCGUCUAGCAGUGGAGAGAGCAGGAGGUGCACAAAGACCGAUCGUGCGUGAUCCGCAGCCUCCGCACACACACAAGCGUGUACUGGAGGAUGAAGAGAUUCAUAUGUCAGCCCUGGUUUGCUGCGGCCCUUCUGGUGGUCGUAGCUCCAUCACAAGCACAGCCACCGUUUGCCUCGGGAAGUGGGGUAACUUUUUGUUACGAUGGAGACCUCCUCUUGGCCAAUUCUACCUAUUCCUACUACAACGGGAGCAAUGUCUAUGGAGGCAGAGUUGAGGCUUGCUACAAUGGAGUCUAUCAUCCAGUGUGUGACGAGGAAUGGACGGACAAUGAUGCUGCAGUUGUCUGUAACAACAUGGGUUAUAGCUACCCCUAUUACCGUGCUGAGGCCACGGGAGGAACAACAUUUGGUCUGUCGAACGAAACUGUUCUACCUGAAAACGUGACAUGCAGAGGAACCGAGUAUUCUUUAUCAGACUGUCCAGGCUACGAACUGUUUAAUGAGACUUCAGACUAUUGUCUGGAGGGAAACAACCAAGCUGGAGUUCGCUGUAUUGUAGUACCUACCCCAACGACGCCUUGCUAUGAUGGACAAGUUUCCCUGACCAAUUCUACGUAUUCCUACAUCGAUGGCAACUAUUUCUAUGGAGGCAGAGUUGAGGUGUGCUACAAUGGAACCUACCGUCCAGUGUGUGAUGAUGGAUGGACAGACAACGAUGCUGCUGUGAUCUGCUACCAAAUAGGAUAUAGCUACUACAGUCCAGAAGCAACACUUGGGAGUGUGUUUGGUCUAUCAGAUGAAACUCCAGUACUUCAAAACCCCAUGUGCAAUGGAACUGAGUACUACCUCAGUGACUGUCCAGGCUACGACCUCAACAAUGUGACUGGAGACUAUUGUCUCAGUGGAGAGUACCAAGCUGGAGUUCGCUGUGUUGAUGUACCUACUCCAACUGCACCAUGUCCUGAUGGAAACCUUUUCCUGGCUAACUCUACAUACGACUACAUCGAUGGCAACUAUUUCUAUGGAGGCAGAGUUGAGGUGUGCUACAAUGGAACCUACCGUCCAGUGUGUGAUGAUGGAUGGACGGACAACGAUGCUGCUGUGAUCUGCUACCAAAUAGGAUAUAGCUACUACAGUCCAGAAGCAACACUUGGGAGUGUGUUUGGUCUAUCAGAUGAAACUCCAGUACUUCAAAACCCCAUGUGCAAUGGAACUGAGUACUACCUCAGUGACUGUCCUGGCUACGACCUCAACAACGUGACUGGAGACUAUUGUCUCAGUGGAGAGUACCAAGCUGGAGUUCGCUGUGUUGAUGGUAUAGAAACUAUGAAACUCACUCUUAAUUAUCUAUACGUAUCCUCAUACCAGUGCCUACUCCAACGACGCCUUGCUAUGAUGGACAAGUUUCCCUGAGCAACUCUACAUAUGACUACAUCGAUGGCAACUAUUUCUAUGGUGGCAGAGUUGAGGUGUGCUAUAAUGAAACGUUCCGUCCGGUGUGUGAUGAGGACUGGACCGACAACGACGCUGCAGUCGUGUGCUCAUCCAUGGGUUCCUCUUCUCCACAGUACCGCUCUGAGGCUACUGGGGGAAUGGUGUUUGGUCUAUCGGAUGAAACUCCCGUGCUGCAGAAUCUCAACUGCAGUGGUAGAGAGAACUACCUCAGUGACUGUCUGGGCUACGACCUCAACAAUGUGACUGGAGACUAUUGUCUCAGUGGACAGUACCAAGCUGGAGUUCGCUGUGUUGAAGUUCAAACCCCUUGCUAUGCAAGCGGCUUUGUCCAGUUGUCAGACAAUAUGUACCCAACAAAGUGAGUAUGGAUUUUCGUUCACGGCGAGAGUGGACUAUUGCUACAACGAGACACUGCGGGGAGUGUGCGACGUUGGAUGGACAGCUGAAGAUGCUGCUGUUGUUUGCAGGGAAUAUAACGGAGAGGGAUACCUGAGCGAAGCAAUCACUGGUCUCGAGUUUGGAUCGAGAGUGCCACUCGUCGAGGACGUAAUGUGUAAUGGUUCGGAGUCCCGUCUCCAGGAUUGUCCCGGGGGGCAGCCCACCCAAGUCAGCUCCGAGUGUACCAACUCCAGCAACAGAGCUGCUGGCGUCCGAUGCUACCAAAUUUGCUAUUCUGGAGCUGUGAGGUUGGCUGGCGGACCAAACCGUGCUGAGGGGAGAGUUGAAGUGUGCAGUAACAACACAUGGGGGACCGUUUGUGACGUAGGCUGGGAUGAGAAUGAUGCCGUCCCGGCCUGCCGCAGUGCAGGAUUCUACUGGGGUGGAGAGAUUGUUCCAAACACUGGAUUUGGGAUGGGCACGGGAGAGAUUCUGGCAUCCAAUAUAUCUUGCAAUGGAACUGAAUACGAUGUCUACGCGUGUCAAAACACAACAGACAUACCUGAUGUCUGCACACACGAACGCGAUGCUGCACUCUCCUGCCAACCAGGAUUCAUUGAUAUGAACAUAACAGUUGACCCCAGAACAGACGUCGUAGUGGGAAAUACAGUCACAUUCUGGUGCAAUGCUGAAAGUCCCUCGGUCGCCAACAUAACCUCAUACAUGUGGCAAAACUCGCGUGGCGUUGUGACACCAGACGACUCCAGAAUCAGCAUCGAACUUCGCAAUGCCUCCUACAGCAGUUACUACGGAGCUUUCAUUUUCAACAGCUCCCUGACUUUCUCCCCACUCGUUCCCUCUGAUGGUGAUAGAUACGAGUGUGUACUAACAAUCAGCCUGCCAGACGUCGGAGUAAACAUCACCAAUACAACCUCCACUGACAUACGCAUCCUAGUUCCACCACUCAGAGUUGAAGUAAAUUCGACUGUUCCAUUGGUUGGUGCCCCUCUCACUGUCACAUGCACAGCUGAAUUCCCUCCCGAUGUACCUCGGAGCCUAUACCUUCGUCCAAUUUCGGAUUCUCCACCAUUUGUCUCCAAUAGUACAGUUGAUGAUGGAACAACAAGGACCAUUCAGGCUGUAGUGGAACCUGUCGAGUUGAACAGUGUACUACAGUACAUCUGCAUAGCCGAGGUUGAGGGUGAAUACGUAUACACAAGACCCAACUCGUCAAGUAGUGUCAUCGAGCUCACUCCAAUAUUGCCACCGACGCUUGUGGAGGAGGUUGCUGACAAUUUUUUCGUGUUGAACAGCAGCAAUGUACGAUCAGGAGAUGAUUCGGAUCUGCUGGCAGCUUUUAGGUGCAUUGUCGAUUCCCAGCCACCAGCCACAAUUGAAUGGUCUUAUUUUAACAACUCGAGAAUAACCAUAGAAACUGUCCAGGAGAAUUCCCUGAGGCAGAUUUCAACCCUCGGGAUAUCUUCAGUAGAUAUUGUGGACCAGGGAGUGUUCACCUGCACAGCUACAUCACCAUACGGUUCAAUUUCCUCCUCAGCCAACCUGCGCGUCUUUGUUGUUCCUGAAGCAAGUGUGGUAGCAGUAUCAGACACAGAGCUGACAGAGGGCGACGAGAUAUCCCUCAACUGCACCAUCGAUGGAAGCUUCCCACCAGCUACACAAAUACAGUGGCAGAAAGAUGGAGUUCCAUUCCUGACCUCCACGGAGAGAAUCACCAUCACAACUGUUCCUCCGACUACAGACAAUUUUGGACUCUUCACUCAGAGAAGCACGCUGGAAAUAUCCGACACUCAUCCGGGCGAAGAUUCGGGCGUUUACACGUGUAAGGCUUUCCUCAGUAGCCCAGGAGUUCCUACAGUCAGUGCAGACAUUUCCAUCAGCAUACAAAUCCGGAACGAGUGUAUUAUACUGGCCGACCCCAUCAUGACACCAUGUGUGAACGGCUACUGUGUGGACGGGUUCAACACCUACAUGUGUAUAUGUGAAGAUGGAUAUACGGGUAGAAACUGUGACGAAGAAGUGAUAGUAAGGUCCCUUCCAAUGAUCACGGAAUCUCCUCGUCCCACGACUGGACGGGCUGGCCAACCUAUCAACCUAACCUGCACCGUCACCGGCUCACCCACUCCUGCAAUCACGUGGUUCAGAGACAGAGAUGUGAUCCCCAACGCCAUAUUCCAGUUCCUCUACAUCCCGGCUGCCAAACCAGAAGACAGAGGCUCCUAUUACUGCAGGGCAGAGAACUCCGAGGGAGUUGCGCAAUCCGACCAAGCACUAGUCACUCUAGAAGGUAUACAGCAGUUUGGUGUGAAACUGACGUUCCCGGCACGCCGCAAGAGGGAAGACACCGCAGACCCAACAUCUAUGCUUGCCGAUGCUCUGGUUGGCCAAAUGAUCCCAGGUUCUGACGUCACCAUUUACUCAGUCUCGGUCACAGGAACCGGGUCUCUUCUGGUCACCGUGGCAGCUGCCGGUGACAUUCCACAGGGAGGGGUCGGAGGUGCACUGGCCAAUCAGAUUACUGAAACUGCAGAAGCCGCUGGUAUCCAAGUCGUGGUCGAAGUAACUCGUUAUGAUGGCUGUCCAAUGGAGUUGGGACAAUCCUACAUACCAUAUUGGCCCAACUUUAGAAUACAGUGGCCUGAAUUGGAGAUAGGGCAAAUGGCGACAGAGAGUUGUGCCUGUGGUGCACUAAACUCAUCAAGCUACCUGGCCACUCGUAUCUGUGGUGGGAACUACAGUAAUGGGGCCAUGUGGGAAGCCCAAGAUGUCAGCCAGUGCUCUUUCAGUAAUAGCACACUGGAGCUAUGUCAAGCCUCUGAGUUGCCAGUUGUUGAGCAAGCUGUUGCUGUUGCUGAAGCCGUGUCUGAUCCAAACCAAAUAGACUCGGAGACGUUCAGUGUGGCUGUAGAUCUCUUUGACAGUCUGUUGAACGACGCUCUGGACAACCCGGAGAUUGUGACUGAUGUAUUGGAUGGUAUAGACAGUAUACUGGAUGUGAGUGGAGACGUGGUCAAGCAGAGUCAAUCCGGAAAUACCCUCCUGUCAGCUCUUGAAGAUUUUGCUGGAGAUAUAGACAUAACUCCAGGCCAGAGAUCACUGACACUUUCCGAAGACAACUUUGCUCUACAUGCCGAGAACGUCGACACCAACAACAUCGAAGGAAUCACGUUCAGUACAAACUCGAGAAACAGCUUCCGGAGUGGCACAGUCGGGUCUUCGUCCGGGAGCUCAGUUCCUUUGGACGCCGUAGCUUCCAUAGUCCUACCUCAGUCUGUACUGGAUCGCGUGAGUAGCACCGGAUCUCAACGUAUCAGUUUCUCGCUGUUUGACGACGACGCGCUAUUUCAACCGCUGAGCACCCCUGAAGUGUUUCGGGGACUCGAUGUUGGUAGUGUCAUUAUAUCUGCCACUAUCUACGACGCCACUGCAACUGGACUAUCAGACCCUGUGACAGCCCGAUUCCAAAAAUCAACGCCCAAUUCUCCUUCUACCUGCGUGUUCUGGGACCCACUUUUAGGCGGUGGAUAUGGUGGCUUCUCAACAACUGGGUGUACCACUGCAGAUGGGCCAAACGAAGUAACCUGUUCGUGUAACCAUCUCACAAGCUUUACAAUCCUCUCCAACACUACUGAACCAGUGACCCAGCAGCCACCAUCGGUUGAAGUUGAUGAUGAUGAUGAUGAUGAUGCUGACCACAGUGCCGUGGUCUACCUUCUCCUCAGCAUCUGCCUGGUGAUACUGCUCCUAACUAUUGCCCUUCACCUUGGUCUCAGGGUGCUACGUGCAACACAAGAGAGCAGGAUCCUGGUAAACUUCUGUGGCGCCCUCUUUGGCCUCUACUUUGUGACUAUGCUGGCGUACGGAGAAGACAUGCCCGAGGGAGCUUGCCGCCUGUGGGCCUUCCUAAUGGACUACUUCUUCGUAGUAGCACUCAUUUGGACAUUUGCCGAGGCCCUACUGGUGUUCCUGCGACAGAAAAUGCCCUCCUUUGACGAUCGGUUUUUGACAAGAAACUUGUCCUGGAUAUUUCUUCCAAUCGCCUGGGGUGUGCCCAUUGUUCCAGCUCUAAUUUCAAUUGCUGGGCUUGACUACUAUGGCGAAUAUAGACUGUGCCAAUUGUACAACUGGCCGUUCUAUGCCUUCCUGGUCGCACCACUCGUCAUAAUCUACGCUCUAAACUGGUUCUUGUUCAUGGGCACACUGGUGAUCGAUAACGCGGAAGGGCCUCGUCGCGAAAUCGAAGGACGCACAGCACUCUGUGUUCUACCACGUGUUUGCCGCAAUGAUCCUGUCACUGAUAUACGGUAUCGGAUGGGCGUUUGGAUUCAUCGCCUCGAGCAACGUGUCCCGCGAUGCGUACCUCACCACGCAGUACCUCUUCAGUUUCUUGAUUUUCGCUCACACAAUCCUCCAGUUUGUUUUCUAUCUUCCAUCGCGAGAGGAACUCGGGCGACUGUGGAGUAUUGUCACCUGCCGUUCGAAGGGUUACGACAUUGAAGAACCGGCCCACGGUCAACGCUCCAACGACUACGUGGCCGUCGCGGCCGACAAAAACGUGGAAGCUAUUGGUCUCGAGGAGUCGGUGUUGUACAGUGGGAGUGAGAAGCAGCCGCUACAAGAGCCCACAAAAGAUGGAUCUCCGCCAAAGGGUGCCGCCAAUCGCCUAGCCGACGACCCGGCGGCCGUCACCAGCUACACCAACAAGACAGCAGUGGAGGGUGGGGAUGAUCCAAUAUCUAGCCUCUGACCGCUACAACUAACUUAUAUAUAGUAGAGACAUGCACUUAUACAUACAUAAACUUACUCCCAAUAUGCAUGAAGUACUUACCUUUGACUUACACACAUUUUUUAUACUUUGGUUUUACUAGGGACCAUAACAUUUUUAUGAUUAAACAUCCCUUUUCGUUUUGAGAUAUACAUAUUGAGAUAUACAUAUUUAUUACACAGUAAUGAGUGCGCAAGCGCUUGUUUUGACAAAAUGGCAAAAUCCAGAGAGAAAGAGAGAAUA